AAAGCCACACUUGGCUGGCUAUAUGGUGUGUCCACCGCGGUGUCUCGAACCCUAGAUUGUAGCCUUCGUAAACUUAUCGCUGACCUACCGGGGGAUGAUAAUUCAUAACUUACCUACCAGCAACUGCUGCACUCUAUAAAAAGUUGAGUUUUAGUCAAAAGUAGAAACUACCUUUAAAUAUCAAUUGAUAGCGUAUAUUGAUAAGUAUAGUAGGAAGAAAAGCUUGAGUUGUUCCAUUUUAUUUGCAGGAAUUCCACCAAAAGGCGUUGAUGGCUCCAGAUAAUUCUUUGUUUAUAGCUGGGGAAGACCAAGAUCAGCCUUAUCCAGGAAAGGUCGUUCACUACUCCUGUCGCUCCCAAAAAGUCACAGACAAAGAAGAAGUGAAGGAAGUGUCAGAACUGAAGGAUGGAGAAGUUGUCACUGAGACCACGAAGACACACCAUCACGAAGAACAAGAGGAUGACGAAGUACCAGAGGACGAAGUUGAUGAAACGGCUCUUCCAGAAGUAUCUAAAGAGACAACCAGGAACAUCGAGUACUAUAGAGAUGACGACGAGUUUGAUAGUCUUAGCGAAAAGAUGCGCCGAGAACGAGAAAAUAAUUUUAUUCGAGAUCAUUCUCCAAGUAGGAGAGACCCGGUAACGAAGAAAACGUUGAAUCUAGAUGAAGAAGAAGUGAUAAGAAACAGCGAGACAAACCGAUGGCUGGAAAAUCAUUUUGGAUCUGAGAGCGGAAGUGACGUAGAGGAAACUACGAAAACAACGAAAGCUGGUGGAAAUGUAAUCAAAAUUCAAAUGACUGGAUCGCCCCGACCGACUUCGCGAGAUAAGCUUCACAUCGAACAAAAAGAUACGUGUACUUUAGAAGCCAGCAAAUCUAGAAGACGUUUUCAAGAUCACGAUGCUGCUUCACAUUCCAGAAUUUUCCAAGAUAAUCGACUUUCCACCAACAGCAUAUCCGAAGUAAAAGAUUGGCACUCCGAACAGAAGAGAGUUUCUUCACCACUACCAAGAUCGACAUCUCCACCAAGCCGACGAGAAAGUACCAGAUCACCACCUAUUUCGGGGAUUUCUGCUAAACAGACCGAUUCAGUAUAUCGUCGUUCAGUUCCUUCGCCUUCAAAGUCACCUUCAAAAACGUACUAUUUAGGUGAUGACAAUACUUACAAAAGAAAACACACCAAACUUGAACCGACAUCUUUGAAGAGACAAUCUGAUGGCUGGAAAUCAACACCUUCCAUCAGGGAUGAUUAUUAUCGCAGCCUCAACGAUGAAGAAAAACAAAAAACCCACAAACAGAAAACUGUCCGGCAUGAAGAGAGAUCUCCAGAAAGAUUUGUUCACCGUUCUCAUUCCCAGAAGGACACUCCUCGGAGUUUUACGAUAUAUGAUGGUUCCAAGACUUCAAAAGAAACUUAUUUUAUUGGCGAGAAUACACCAGUUUCUCAGACUCUUCCUAGAGACACUAGAUUCAAAGGCGAAGAGAAAACAUCUCGUCAGAACUACAAUACCACUGAAGUACAGAGGAAACACAAAAACCAGAAAAAAAGUGACCUGAGUGUUCAAGUUGAUUUGUCUGAUGAGGAAAGCAAAUCAUCAACGUUCCCAAGAAAACAUUCAACAUCCCCAUUUCGUGCAUCUAAUGGUUCCAGAAGACGAUCUCCAUCUCCAGUUCGUGCAUCUAAUGGUUCCAGAAGACGAUCUCCAUCUCCUGUUCGUGUACCUAAUGGUUCCAGAAGACGAUCUCCAUCUCCAGUUCGUGCAUCUAAUGGUUCCAGAAGAAUAUCACCAUCUCCAGAUCAUAUUUCUAAUGAUCGGACUUCAAAAAGUUUGCCGAGAUUCUCUGGUAAAAAAUCAACUUCCAAGGAAAAGGAACCAAAAAUUCACACUAGUCUCAACCUUUCUACAUUAAAAACACCAGCCCAGACAUUUUAUUUCGGAGAUGAAAAAGAUGCAAAUUACAAAACUACCAAGAAGAAAGUGCCAGAAGGAAACCAAGAUGCCAAACUUUAUGGUAUUGAACAUAGGUAUUCAAACAGACAAACUUUUAACCCCAACGACCACAGUUUUGUAAGUGAUUACAGCUCAAGCCCUAGUUAUCGUGAAGGGUUCUUCACCAUAGAAAGAGACUCAGGGGUGACAAAAAGACAUUCCAAUUUCCAUAGCAGUAUGGGGGAUUUAAGAGAGUCCUCGAUUCACGACUUUGGUCGCAACGCAGAUGAAACAUUCUGGAAUUCUAGGUCGCACAAAAAGAAAACUAAAGGAGGUCAUUCUUCGGGAAUCAAUAGGGUAGAAGAAGGUUCUUUCCGAGACCACAGCGAUAGUUAUGAAAGUAAUAGUUUUUUAAACGACAAAAAGAGCUACUACAAAAAUACCCACAAUAGUAACAUCGACAUUUCUAUCACACCUAACAAAAAACAGUCCGGAUCCGAAGUGAAACGUCAUCAGUUUAUGCAAAAUCUCUUGGGUUCAAGUGAGAGAGAUCUUACGUUUUCGACAGAUGAAUCUGAUGUUUACAAGAACCAUACCAAUAGAAGACAGAGGACAAGUAGAGAUAUGCCUCCACCUUUACCAAAACAUUUAGAUUCUUCUACGCCCCCUCAAGCCCAAUACCCCAUAUGGUAAAAAUGAACCAAUCAGGAAAUUAUGAAACAUCUUCAACCUCAUCACUUCCAGAUUCUCCUUCGGGAACUUAUUUCCAUACUACUUCUCAUCAGGCUGGUGGUGGUGGUCUGUUUGUAACCCCGAAGUUCACACCAGAUAGUAAAUCGAGUGGGUAUUCCUCAAGGGUCAGCAGACAAUCUCCAGUAUCUGGCUCUUCCAUCCCGUUAUCAUCCUUCUCUCCUUUGUCCAGUCAUUUGGAGAUCAAGAACGCGUCCAGUCACAAAACCCACGACCAGGCCCAUUGGUCAAAAAGACACAGUUCUACCACUGGUGGCGUCUCAGUGUGGGAGAACAGAUAGAGUAGGUGUCACAGUUCUACCACUGGUGGCGUCUCAGUGUGGGAGAACAGAUACAGUAGGUGUCGAUGGUUAUCUGCACAAAUAACUUUGAAUUUCCAGAAGUCCGACAAGCAGUCUUGUGAAUAUGUUUCUCUUGCAAACAUUUUUUUUGAUCUUUUGAUUUCAAAUUCUUGACGCGAACUGGCUAAAGCAAUGUCCUAACUCCCCCCCCCUAAAAAAAUAAUUGAAAUAACAACACUAAUAAAGAGGCGGGUUAACUCACCAAAAAUUAAAUUAAGUACCGAUACGUAGGAGUAAUCUGGACAUUGUGAAUAUAAUAAUGAUUUUAAUAGAGGGAGAUUAAGCUAUUUCUUAGACCAGACUUUAUCCGCGGCUAACCCUAAAAAACAAAUAUCCAUUGUCAUCAACAAGUAUCCUCUCCAAUCUUAAUCCAUCUUUAAGAACAUGACUAAGAAACUGAGAGAAUUGAAAAGGAGGAUAAAUUUACAUGAAAAAUAGAUGACAGUUUGUUCAUACAUAAUAAUAAUAACAAUAUUUUAAUUUGAGUAACAGUACCGAAAUGGAACUUGCAAACCCUCUCUUUAGAUUAAGUUAAUUUUAUCUCCGUGGUUAACAGAGUCGUGGCUCAAUUUCUAUCUUCAUCAACAUGUUAAGUCAAUCUUUCGGUAAUCGUUGAUUAGUGUUCGUGAAAAAUGGGGGAAAAGGAGAGCCUAUUAACACUGUUUUGUUUUGAAGUCGUUUUA